GCAAGGUUUGACAUUUAAAUUUUUUCUAAAAAGAAAUUUCUUUCUGUACUUCUUCGAACCUUCGUGAGGCAAGUUAAGAAUCAUUCAACAGAAGUAUGCGACAUGGAUUUUUCACAAGCUUUGCGCUUGAUGACUUCUUCCUAACUGUCACUUCGGUGAAGAUUUCUAACUCUUUGAAAAACCACGAUGCACUCAGAGAAAAUGGCGGGUAGCAGAGAAAGUUACUACGCAAUACCCCUGAGAUCUACACGCAGAGAUAAUUUGCCCUCUCAGUUUAAAAAGUUAUUUGGGAUAAUAGUUGUGGUCUUCUAUCUUCUUCCCGUGGUUUCUGCAAAGCCGACGCCAGGUCAGCAAAGUCCUUGCGAACCAACCCAACACUGGGUUGAAGACGAAGAUGGGUCACACCAGUGUAUAAAUUGUGGAACUUGCCCGCCGGGGCAAGGUCUCUCAAUAGAGUGUGGCAGUUCUAAACUGUUACCUUUUAAAACCAUGGUGGUCUGUGUGCCAUGUAUCGCAGGAGAUUCAUUUUCCAGACAUAAAGAUUCUUCCAAAUGCAUUCCUUGUGCAUCCUGCUCCAAAGGUCAGGUUGUGGAACAAAGCUGCUUGCCAGAGUGGGAUAUUAAGUGCACAAAUAAAUGCUCCAGCAAGGAAAGGUAUUAUGAUGUGGACAUGGGAGACUGUCUCAAUUGCUCAAGAUGCUGUGGCGAUGAUAGAGAUGUGAUGGUAAAUGAGUGCAAAGAGAAGUUGGGAGACGGCUCAAACAUGAUUUGUUCAUUUGACAGCAGUGUCAACCGCUGUGACCAAACAACACCUCAACUAACACCCACCAUCAGCCAUGUUGACCCCAAACAUGAUGGUCCUUAUACCACUCAAAAAAGUAAUCAUUCCAUUCAAGCUAAGGAUCAGGACUAUUUGGCAGCAAUCGUUAUUACAGUGGUGAUAAUAGUUGUUUUGGCUUUUUGCCUUUGUUCGUCCUUUUUUAAGAGGAGACUGACGCAGAUGUUUAUUUGGUGUAAUACUACUGUUGAGAAGGAAGACCAUCACAGUUCAUCAGCGAUGGAGGGAAAGUUAACUUCUAACCAUAAAGAACAAUCUGACGACUCAUGCGGGAACAUAAGGGAAACUGACUCAUCGAAUAAGCUUGGAAAAGCUCUGACAGACUCGGAGGAACCCUUGCUGUGUUCAGAGGAGGGUGUUCUGGAAAACUUGGACGACGCUCAAACCAGUAAAACAAAAGAUUCGAAGCUACUUAGCAGCUUAGUGGAGGGUGAGUCUUACCAGUACUUAAAGAAAGUCUGUGUGCGUUUGGACACAGCCAUGCCAGGCGUUGGUGACUAUCGUGAUGUCUGUUUUCACUACGGCAUUAAUCAUUAUGAGAUUGCCUCAGUGUAUGAGAAACACAGCGAUGGGCCAUCCAGAGCUCUAAUCGGUCACUUGGCAGCUACACAUGUACAGCUAACAGUAGCUGACUUUGUGGGUGUGGUAAGGAAUGUAGCAGAGAGAGAUGAUGUUGCUAAAGUUCUAGAGGAAUAUGAUUCGAAGAAGGAAUGAGUGACAAGGGUUUUUUUUGGAGAAACUUACUCCCGUUAUUUUAGGUAGUUGCACGUAUUUUGUUAAAUCGUUUCAUCUUGUUAAAUUUUUGAGAGUUAGGUUAUAAUCGGCAUGACAUAAGUUUCAUCCAUGGGUUGCUAAAAAUUUGAAUACGAGAGCUGUCUACAUUUUAUAAACGCAAGCUCCAAAUGCAAAAGUUCCAGUAAAAAAACUGUUAAGAACCAUAGAAUCAUUUUGGUUGGAUAAUUUUCAUAAUUUAUGUUUCAAGAAACAUGUUAAUUGUUAUUUAAUAUUUUGUUGUAUUUUGUUAAACCAAAAAUAUAUAUUUUUUAAAUUUUGUUUGUAUUAUUGGAAAUACUUCGUCAAAUAUCUCAAACUUUGAGAUUUUUGUUUAGUCCUUUUUUAUUGUUGUGCAAUAUUUAAGUAUGUAUUUGUUCAUGAAUCAAUUGUUAAUCCAAGUUAAAAAGGCAAGGAGAGCUCAAACCUUUACUAUAGAUAAUGUGUUAUGGCUUUAAUUUAAACUUUUAAGUUAUGAUUAGUUUUUUCCAUUUCUAGGUGGUAACAUUUUCUUUUUAAAUUUUAUAAGAGAAUUUGCAGCAAAAUUUUUAAUUAUUCCUCCUUAAGUUGUAUUUUUCGAAAAAUUUAAUAAACUACU